AUGUCGGGAAAAUUAAUUCAUCAAAUAAGAACAAUCACUCAGUCUCCACAACGAAGAAGAGUUGUCGUAACAGGCCUAGGAGUGGUAUCACCUCUUGGCACAGGUACAGAACUAGCAUGGCAAAACAUUUUGAAAGGUCAAUGUGGUAUAGUCAGUCUGCAAGGCAAUGAAUACUCUAAAUUACCUUGCAGGGUAGCCGGGUUAGUACCGGUAGACAAAGAUGAUAGAGUGACGAAAGCACUAUCUAAGUCUAACCUGAAGUCCAUGGCUCCAGCUACAUGCCUCGCUCUUGUUGCGACAGCAGAAGCAUUGGCUGAUGCAAAAUGGUUACCUGAGUCUGAUAUUGACAGAGAGUCCACAGGUGUAGCUAUUGGGAUGGGAAUGAUAGAUUUGAAAGAUGUAUGUGACACUAAUGAUGCAUUGAAAAUAGGUUACAACAAAGUUAGCCCUUUCUUUGUUCCUAGGAUAUUACCUAACAUGGCCGCUGGCCACAUAAGCAUUAAAUAUGGCUUCAGAGGACCUAACCAUGCAGUAUCUACAGCAUGUGCAACAGGUGCACAUUCCAUAGGUGAUGCCUUUAGAUUUAUAAGAAAUGGUGAUGCAGAUGUAAUGGUUUGUGGAGGUGCAGAGUCUUGUAUCAGUCCUUUAGCCAUAGCGGGAUUUAGUAGAUUACGAGCACUGAGCACAUCAUUCAAUGAUGAUCCAGGAAAAGCUUCCAGGCCCUUUGAUAAGAAACGGGAUGGCUUUGUUAUGGGUGAAGGUGCAGCUGUUUUAGUUUUGGAGGAGUAUCAGCAUGCAUUACAGAGAAAUGCAAAAAUGUAUGCAGAAAUUCUAGGAUAUGGGUUAUCAGGAGAUGCAAGUCACAUAACUGCUCCUAGAGAUGAUGGAAGUGGAGCUGUGUUAUCAAUGAGCCGUGCGUUGAGAGAUGGCUGCAUUGAAAAAGAAAAAGUUACCUAUAUUAAUGCUCAUGCCACAUCAACACCUAUAGGAGAUGGUAUUGAAGCAACAGCUAUUAAAACUCUGUUUAAGGAUCAUAGUGCAAAUAUAUUGAUUUCAUCCACAAAAGGAGCUCAUGGCCAUUUACUAGGUGCUGCAGGUAAUUUGGAAGCAGUAUUUACGGUUUUGGCCUGUCAUCAUGGAAUAAUACCACCAACAAUCAAUUUGGAAGAUCCUGUUGAUAAUUUGAAUUAUGUUGCAAAACAAUCAAAGCCGUGGGAUGUUGACAGGAGAGUUGCAUUAAAAAAUUCGUUUGGUUUCGGUGGUACUAAUGCAACACUUUGCAUUGGACAGUUAUAA